AUGUCGACGGCGGUGGCGCGGCCCUACGGCGGCGGCUUCCCCGGAUCGGGGAGGGCCAAGGGGGACGAGCUGCUCGGCAAGAAGAUGAGCGACGGGUUCUUCAUCGAGGAGGAGGAGGAGGAGGAGGAGGAGGAGGCGGAGGAGGUGCUCACGGAGAGCUCCUCCAUCGGCGCGCCGUCGCCGUCGAGCUCCUCCAUCGGCGAGGACUCCUCGUCGGAGGUUGGCGGCGACGGGGAGGACGAGGAGGUGGAGAGCAAGCUCAAGGAGGAGCCCGGGCUCGGGUGCCUGGACGCCCUGGAGGACUCCUUGCCCAUCAAGAACGGGCUGUCGAGCUUCUACGCCGGAAAGUCGAAGUCAUUCACCAGCCUCGCGGAGGCGGCGGCGCGGGACGCCGUGAAGGAGCUCGCCAAGCCGGAGAACCCCUUCAACAAGCGCCGCCGCAUCCUGGCCACCUGGUCCCGCCGCGCCUCCUGCAGCUCGCUGGCCACCGCCACCUACCUGCCCCCGCUCCUCGCCCCCGACCACGCCCUCCCCGAGGGGGAGGAAGGCGAGGAGGACGACGACUCCGACUCCGGCUCCGACGAGCAGCACCGCGGCAAGAACGGGUGGGAGGCACCGGCAUUGCCGCCCCCGAGGCUGAGCGUGAACACCCAGAUGGGCGCGGCGGCGGCGAGGAAGGGCGGCAGCUUCAGAUCGCCGAGGUCCUACUCGCUCUCAGAUCUUCGAAAUGGCGGCGAUGCGAGAUAUAACCAGUAA